CGUACAAAAGCAUUUUUUCACAUCAAGAAAAGAAAAUGUGCUACGCCAUUAAACUGAAAAGCAAUGUAAAGAUAUAAUAAUAACAGGACGUACUAAUGUGCUAGUGGACAAGCUACAUGAUUGUGCAACAAUUAAAAAAUUUCGCGCCAUAAUUGUGCUGAUAAAAUACCACCAAAAAAUCCCGUGUGUCUGGUAAAAAAUCGCCUAAAUUACGGUACAACACUUUUUUUCGGGCAAAAUAACGCUGAAAAUCCGGUCAAACAAUCUGCUACUGCCUGCGAUUCAAAAAUAUGGAAGAAGGAAGCGGCGACCAUGGCAUGGACCUGUCCAAGGUCUCCGUGGUCCGCUCCGCCAAAGGCGUUGAUAUGCUCUGUGUGGACGAUUAUCUAUACCAUUUCGAUCGCAUUGGCAAGAACAACACCUACCGGUGGCUCUGCAAUAGACGAAAAGAUAAAAUGUCUCCCUGUAAAUCCCGCAUAUGCACUAUUCUGCCCAAUGGCCUGGACAAGACGCGGCAUGUUGUCGUGGACGUGCCCGUCAAUCACAUCCAUCCCCGAUGCAGCAACCAUGAGGUUAGCAAGGUGGCGCAACGCAAGCGUAUCGCCAUUAUGAAGAAGAACGACGCGUACAGUUCCACCCAGCCCAAAAGAGCACGACAGUAUGAGCGUGCAUCGGGUACACUUAAUACUCCACCCGAAUUUAUAUACAAUGGAGCCAGUACUGACACCUCCUUACUGGAAACUACCUUUCACGUGGACUUUGAGGAAAAGGACCGUGUCUACAUGAUGCGACGUCGCGAUGGCCGUGUUAUGGUGUGCAUCGACGGACACUUGUAUUAUUUGGGCGGGAAGUCAUACAAGGGUGAAAUUUAUCGAUGGACAUGCGUCCGUCAGCGGGACAUUGAGUGCUCGGCCAAGAUCUGCACGGAGGCCACUCUGGACGGGGGACAUCGUCUGCACAUGAUCGAGACGGACGCUCACAUACAUCCGCAUUAUUCGGCCGACAAGCUGAUGCAAAUGUUUGCCAAGCAUAAGAUCCUGUUGGUCGAGGACGACCAAACCAAUGAGGUCCUGCAGGAGUGCCCCAAUAUAGAAUACUUUGACCCGGAGCAAACGGUCGACCCAUCGCAGUGUGACGAUAUCGAGUCGCUAAUUAUAGAAGACUGUGAGGAGAGCUAUGAUGUGUACAUGGACGAUGACCAAAGUGCAGAGAUAUCUGGCGACCUGGAGGACUACCAGACCGAAGCUGAAAGGGCGGAGUUGCACAGGAUGCCAAUACUUUACAACAGGUCCAUAUGGCCGGCCGCACACGAUGUCAUAGCGAACUAUGUGCAGGAACCCGGAUACGAACCACUGACAGAAACCGAUCUGACCAAGUUCACGUUUCUGCCGUCGGCCAAGGGGCGCAAGGUUCUUUGCCUCAACCGAUAUCUGUAUCACUUUGACUCGCAGAGUAAGUCGAACGGACACAUGUUCUUCACAUGCAUCAUGCGGCGCAUCAAGCAUCUGGCCUGUCACGUGCGCGUUACGUUGACACCAAUUGGUCCGAUGGUGCUGCGCAUCAAUGGUCAGCACACCCACAAUCCAGAUCUGAAGGAAAUCGAGAAGCGACUCGCCCAGCAAGCUAAGAUAGAUCUUGAGACUCCGACCGAGCCUCAGCAACAUUUGGCCGAAUCGGAUAUAAUAGAAUACGAAAGCGAGGAAGAUGUUGGCCACCAGAGUGCUGAUGGCGGCUACGAGCAACUGGAGAGCCACUUGCAGCAGAACAAUCCAGAGGCACAGGGAGAAGUUGUAAUGAAAAAGGUAAUCGGCAUCGACGGGGACAUCAAAAUGGAAUACGUCGAAUAUGGUGCGGAUAAUUUAAGCGCCAAGAUUGAAAUAGUGGAUAUCAUGGAUGGCCAAAGCCAAACACACACCGAAAGCAGGACUAACACAUCCACACCGUUGCCCAAAAUACCACCACAGCCGGAAAUCACGAAUAUACGUAGACGUCGAGAUGUUAUGGAGCCUCAGAAAACGCUUCUCCAUCCGGACAUGGAUUUAUCGAAAAUCUGCACCUUGCGGUCUGCCAAAGGCAGCGAACUGCUGUGCGUCGAUGGUUAUAUAUAUCAUGCCAAGAAUCGUGGCGUUAUAUCGCGUAAUUAUUGGGUCUGCAUCAAGAGUCGGGAUCCGGGUAUCAACUGCAAGAGUCGCAUAUCCACAGCCACCCAAAAGGAUGGCUCCAUACGUGUCCUACGGGUCUACAACGUUCACACGCAUCCCUUCAGCGAGGAUGACAUCAAACGACGCCUGUUCAACGAGAUCAACAAGAAGAACAACAAGAAACUCAAGUUCCGGCCACUACACUUUAUUGGCAAGUCGCUGGACGAGAUACAGCAAGAGUAUGGCGAUCUGGCCGUCGAGCGCUUGAGUGUGUCCAACAUCAGUAACGAUAUUAUGGUCCAAAAGAAGCCAAGGUUGCCAAGUCCCAGUAAGAACGGCAGUAGCAGAGCCUCAGUGACAUCCACAACCAAAUCCGAGCCGCCGGAGGAAGGUGAGGAUGUCGAUGUUGUGGACGAAGGUGAGGAGCAGCAUGAACAAGUCUCCGAAAUAGAUGGCCAGUACAUAGAAAUGGAGCAUGACAAUACAGAUGCCAUCAUUGAGGUUGUGGAAGAAGCGGCCGACGAAAUAGAAAACUAUGCAUCCGUUGAACGCACUUAUCCGAUGAAACUGUAUGCCGUUUCCGAUGGACCGCCCUCGCUGGCCGUGCGAAUGACUAUGAAAGCCUUGGACAUGAAUUAUCAACUAAUUAACGUGGACUUUUGUGCACUGGAGCAUCGCACCGAGGACUACGCAAAGAUGAAUCCCCAAAAGGAGAUACCCGUACUGGACGACGAUGGAUUUUAUCUGUCGGAGAGCAUUGCCAUUAUGCAAUAUCUGUGCGACAAAUAUGCGGCAUCAGGUUCGACGCUAUAUCCGCAGGACGUGAACCACAGGGCGUUGGUCAACCAGCGUUUGUGCUUCAACAUGGGCUUCUACUAUGCCCCCAUUUCGGCCCACAGCAUGGCACCCAUUUUCUUUGACUACGAACGUACGCCCAUGUCGCUGAAGAAGGUGCAAAAUGCCCUGGAGGUGUUCGAAACAUAUUUGGAACGAUUGGGCUCCAAGUAUGCCGCUGGCGACGAUGUAACCAUAGCAGAUUUUGCUUUAAUCUCGGCCACCAUUUGCCUGGAGGCCAUCGAUUUUGAUUUAUCUCCAUACCCGUUGGUCAACAAAUGGUACAACAAUUUUAAGGAAGAAUACCCGCAGCUGUGGGAGAUUGCAAACAGUGGAAUGCAGGAGAUAAAUGCCUUUGAGCACAAUCCCCCGGAUUUGUCUGAAAUGGAACACCCAUUCCAUCCGACGCGCAAGGCCAAGGCUUGAGAAUUAUUAAUUAGGUUUAAACGUAUUCUUUGUAAAAUUAUCUAUGCUUGUAACUAUUUCUUUGACAUAUUCAAUACACAUGAAUAUACAAUAUUAUUAUCCACUCA